UCAGUAGUGUUUAUAAGAGUGUUUCAGUAGUGUUUAUAAGAGUGUUUCAGUAGUAUAUGUAAGAGCAUUUCAGUAGUGUUUAUAAGAGUGUUUCUGUAGGGUUUAUAAGAGUGUUUCAGUAGUGUUUAUAAGAGUGUUUCAGUAGUGUUUAUAGGAGUGUUUCAGUAGUAUAUGUAAGAGCAUGUCAGUAGUGUUUAUAAGAGUGUUUCAGUAGGGUGUGUGAGAGAAAAAGAUUUCAGUAGUGUAUGUAAGAGCAUUUCAGUAGUGUUUAAAAGAGUGUUUCAGUAGUGUGUAUAAAAGAAAAAGAUUUCAGUUGUUUAUGUGAGAGCAUUUCAGUCGUGUAUGUAAGAGGUAAUUCUGAAUAAUGUCAGCAUCCAUAUGGUCCAGAAUGCCCUGUACUGGGACAAGUAUCAAAGGAAAAAGGUGUCCAUGCAGAAAAAGCACGGCAGCUGCCAGGAACCUUUGGAGCGCCAUCUCUUCCACGGCACUAAUCAAAAGGCCGCCAAUGACAUCUGCCAGAACAACUUUGACCCGUGCAAGCAUAUACACAGUAACGGCACCUACUUUGGCACCUCAGCCAAAACGUCCCAUCGGUACACGACUCCAGGGGAGCCUGAUGGGGUCCGCCACAUGUUCUUAGCAAAAGUACUGGUGGGGAAGAAGAUCUUGGGUCCGAAUAUUUUGCAUAGCCGCUACGACGCCUGCGUUACAAUAAUGUCCGACGAGUUUAUCGUCUCUGACAGCUGUCAGAUCUACCCCUACUUCCUCAUCAGUUUCAAAGGCGAGUCCGACUUCUUUGACAUUUGACGCGGUACACGUUGGCAAAGAAUGUUCCGUUUGUCAUCCACAAAGAAAGUGAAGCACUGACUUGUACCAGACGGUCUAUUUCUAGGCGCACUAGAGAGAGAAAAAAGGUACUUCAGUCGGAUGAGGCGUUCACUGACCUCGUUUGAUUCAAGAUCACAUAAAAGAGUAUCUUUAACAUGUUUCUCUCUUUAAACCACAUUGCAUUUCUUAAGAUUUUAAAUAUUAUUUAUUCGCAACUGGCACUUGGUUAACAAAGUUUUGCUUGUGAAUGAUUAUAAUUAUUGACUGUAUAAAAGUUGUUGUUCAAAAUGAUCAAUUGUUGUUUUUGACUAAUUUAUUUUAAAGGCAAUACAAUGCUGAGUCAGGUUUGUUCAAAUAUUCUGUCUCAGCAUGGGCUCCUGAAGAGGGGGUCCAGACUGAGGC